AUGUAUGUCACGUCAUUCGCAAAUACAGAUGCGAUGUGGAACCCUCAUCCCGAGGGGAUCUGGGAGUUGCAUGGGUAUGAGCUCAAGGUGGUGGACGCUACAGAAGUACAUAUAGCCAAAAAGCAUAAACACUACACGAUGGAGGUUGUUGAUAGAGAUCAGGGUAGAGAACGUCGCGAGAAACGAGCAGAUUGCGAACUGUGGCCAUCUGAGCGCCAAUUGGAAGGGUGGCAGAGAGCAAUCAUGUCCGUAACCAUAGCGGUAGCAGCGUUAGACUUGAUUUUGCUUCUGUAUGCUAUAGAAGACACACGAACACUGAUGUCAAGGCCGCGGACAAGGGUGAGAUCUGCUUAG